GUUGAUGUUGGUACAACAACAAGAGCAACAAAUUGAGAAUAAUGGGCUUCAAAUCCACGCUGGCAAUAGCGUGGAUACCACAACAGAUGGAAAACGACGACGAAUCAGCAAAAACAAUAGGGUAAGCCCUUCCUUGCGAAGGAAACAGAAACAAGCGAUGGCUCACAUCACACGAUUGUGUGAUAAUUGGUACGCAUUUUUGGCUCAUUUCAAAAAGAAUUGCAGCGACGAGAUGUACAGCAGGGCAAGUCCUCAUCGCGUCAAAUCACCAAGAUACCUCCUGAUUUCUUUGGGACCUUCCUACGAACGAAGUGAGGAGCUUUAUCUCUUGGAUUUCGAUUCAAUCAUUGAUGAUGACCGAGACAGCAACUGCAAUGACAUCGAGCCCAAAGGACUAUCGCACGAAAAGGCGGAAAGGAUGGAAGCGACUUUGGCACGAAAGCUUAUCUCUGCUCUCAUGAACCAGCCCGGAAGAGGGAACGAAGAAUCGGUACUGCAAUCAUUGCCGAAGGCGACGAGUCCAUCCUUCCGGUUGUACUUUACGGCGGGAUUCAAAACUCCCGAUUCUGGGGUCGCUCCGACAAAUGCCGACGACGUUCCCGCGACCACCGAGAGACACGCGCAGUCAGGUUGCACUUCGAAUGCUCUGGUGCAAGAGAACGAUCCUCCUUUGCUAGGAAUCCAUGUCAAUCUCACCUCUUUGAAAUCGUGGAUUCCGCGCAAGAGAUUCCCAUUAUUGCAACGACAUUACCAAUCGAGGUCAUCUUCGCGGGUCCAAUCUCUCGUCACGAUUCGGUUCCAGAGAAGUCCUCUGCGGCAGCAACAAGAGAACUAUACCGACGAGAAGAAAAUAGGGGAAAGGCUUGGUACUACGCCUACAACUUCUCCACAAAUGCAUCCCGCGUCGAACGAAUUGACUUGGAUGUCUUCCUCGGCGUCCAUCAAGGGGUUUCGAUUAUAACGAACCAAUAGGAUUAUUGUGGCUCCCUAAGAUUUCAAAAAAGUUUGAGAGAAACC